AUGCUGUGCUGCCCUCGCCAGUUAAGUCCUACACAGAAGAAUGAGACAACACUAGCAAAAGUCAGUAACCCACCCAGAAGCGCAUCCCCAGAGAGCCUGAGUAUCCGAGGAGUGUCACCAGCCAAAAACAAAGUGCCCGAAAGGCCUCACUCUGAGCCAUUUAAAAAAAUCAAUCAUAACUUCAGAACUUCCAGAGACAAUCCCUUGGUGAAUAAGAAGGAUGAAUAUAAACCUAAAAAGCCACUAGUAGCCUCAAGGAUGUGCUCUGGGGCUGCCUCCCCGUCCUCAGAUGUGAUGAACACCAGGAUCAACAGGAAUGAAAACACUGUGUGCAUACCUAACUACCUGGAUCAGGAGAUAAAGAUCCUGUUGAAGCUCUGUGACAUUUUACAUACUGAUUCUCUGACAGAGGUUCUGGACUGGCUGCUUCAAGCAAGUAACAAAGAAAAGGAGUGGUUAUCAGCUCUGAUUCAUUCUGAACUAUCUGAGAUAAACCUAUUGACUCGCCACAGAGUGAACACCCCAGAGCCAGCUGCAGAGUCCAGGAAGUCACCCACCUCUGUAACACCCACAACCAAACUGCUGCAAAACUCACAUGCCAAGCUGAAAGCACUGCAUGAAUCUAGAGAAGAACAUCAACCUCUCAGACUGACAAGUCAAGGAUCCGAAGGAGACAGGAUGGCAUCAAAAGGAGCUGAGACCCCACUGUUUAUAAGAAGAAAUAAGAAAUUGCCUGUUACAGAAUAUUUCAACAAUCCAAAGUCUCCUUUCAAGCCCAACACUCAGGAGAGCAGAUCAGCAAGACCAGUGUCAGUAAGGAGUGUGCAAGGCUACAGCCCUCAGAGAGCACUCUAUCCCUUAACACAUCGAAGGGAGAAGUGA